AUGAGCCCUCGAUUGUCUGGUAUAUUAUCGCCAGAAGGAAAAACCGUGGACGCAGCUUCAUCACAACCAGUGCCAGUGUCAGUGCCGGUCACGGAGGCUGCAGGCGGAGGCAGCUCGACGCUACUGAGUAUUUUCGGUGAUAAUCCAUACUUCCAAGCCGGGUUUGGCCUCGUCGGUGUUGGCGUUGGCCUUAAUGUCUUCCGCCAUGGUUUAGUCUACGCCUCCACAGCGCUGCGACGUCGUAUGCUCGUCUCGCUCGAGAUCAGCAACAAGGACCCGUCGUAUGAAUGGUUCCUGACAUGGAUGGCUGCCCGCUCAGCAGCCGUCGCAGAGGCCGGCGCAAAGGCGAAGCCGUGGUCCCCCCGCUUCUGGACGCGCAGCCACAACGUCAGCGUACAGACUGUGCAUGAACAGCGGAAGAAUGGCAGUUCGAACGUAUCCUUCAAGCUCGUCGCUGGCCCCGGCACGCACUUCCUCCGCUACCGAAACGCAUGGAUGCAGGUGAAGCGGGAACGCGAGACCCGCUCGCAGCAACUCAUGUCUGGGAUCCCUUGGGAGACGGUCACGCUUACGACGCUGUCGCGGGACAGGGACAAGUUCCGCGAGCUACUGGCUGAGGCGCGAGACAUGGCUCUGCAGGCGCAGGAGGGCAAGCUCGUCAUACACACAGCGUGGGGUGCCGAGUGGAGGCCCUUUGGACAGCCUCGGAGAAAGCGGCCGCUGAAGAGCGUGGUCCUCGCGGAAGGCGUUGCCGCGCAGGUUGAGGAGGACGUGAGGGCUUUCUUGCAGCGGAGACGGUGGUAUGAGGAUCGAGGUAUCCCGUAUCGCCGCGGCUACCUUCUACAUGGCCCUCCUGGCUCGGGCAAGUCCUCCUUCAUCCAGGCUCUGGCUGGAGAGCUCUCGUACGACCUCUGCCUAUUGAACCUUUCCGAACGAGGCCUGGCCGACGACAAGUUGAUCCACCUGCUCUCCAACGCCCCCGAGCGUAGUUUUGUGCUGAUCGAAGACGUCGACGCCGCAUUCAACAAACGUGUACAGACAACUGCAGACGGGUACCAGUCUUCCGUGACGUUCUCAGGCUUCCUCAAUGCCCUCGACGGUGUCGCCUCAGGCGAGGAGCGCAUCAUCUUCAUGACGACGAACCACCCCGAGCGACUCGACCCCGCGCUCAUCCGCCCAGGUCGUGUCGACCUCUCCGUAUUCCUCGGCGAUGCCACUCCAGAGCAAGCCCGCCGGCUGUUCCUGCAGUUUUAUGGCGAGUCGGAAGACGUCAGUCAGGACGAGCUAGCGCGCAUGGGUGCGCAAGCGGAAGAGUUCGUGCGAGAUGCGUUGGCGCAGAAGCGGAGGACGAGCAUGGCCGCGCUGCAAGGCUUGUUCAUACGGAGCUCUGUCAGAGACGCUGUGCCGGGCAUACAGACACUUCUGUCCUCGGACGCAUCUUAG